AUGCCGCCAAGACUCAACCUCUUCACAGCCAACAAGGCCGUCUCGGUCCUGCGCCAAUCCGCCACUCCCGCACUGUCUUCCCCCGUCCGAUUCCGCGCCGUCCAGUCACUACCCAUUCGCCGAUGGAACUCAUCAAGCGAUGGCUCGAAGAAGAUCGAGCCCCAGCUCGAGGAGAAGAACUUCCCGACCUCCGAUCAGCUGGGUCAUGUCACCGAGGAGGCUAACGAGAUGUCCCGCAUCAUGGAGAAGGAAAAGCGUUGCGAUGGUAUCCCUUCCACCCCGGAGUUGGAUCAGGGCACACCCGUUGAGGAGAUCCUCAGCCGCGAUAAGGACGCCAUGAAACACAUGCCCAAGGUUAUGCGUGAUGAGCUCAAGAAGUCCAGUGGUUCGCGCUCGUUCUCGACCUCCGCUCGGGGCCACAUGGCCGAUGUGCAGGGUGCCGAGCCUACCAAUGAGGCUAAUAUCAUUCCUGAGGUGCCCAGCCUGGAGGGCGCCAGUGAUGAGGCCGCUGCUGCUCUUGCUAGCAUGAUUGAGCAAGCACAGGGCCAGGCUCUUGAGGAGAACCCCGGCCUGAAGUUCGAUGCGCCUGCCGUCCCGCAGGAUAUGAAGACUUUGAACUUCCGCAAGCGCUACGAUACCCUACAGGAUCAGUUCACUAAGAUGAUGAUGGAGAGUGGAAAGUUGACCAAGGCGCAGAAGGUACAACAUGUCCAUCAUUCUGGACCACCUCCGCACCUCCGCACCCCCCAGAUCAACCCUCGCCGCCGUCUCCUUGGCGCCCCCUUCGCUUCCCAGCUGCCCCUCGACCCCGUCCUCUACCUCACCCUGAUCGUUGACUCCGUGGCUCCUCUUUUCCGAAUUCGUCAACAGAAGGGUAUCGCUGGUGGUGGUACUGCCGUGCAGAUCCCCCACCCUCUGACCCUGCGCCAGCGCCGCCGCGCUGCGAUCAAGUGGAUCCUUGAUGCCUCUGAGAAGCGACGCGAUGCGCUCUUCGCACACCGUGUUGCGGCCGAGGUGGUUGCCGUUGCCGAGGGUCGUAGCGGUGUCUGGGAAAAGCGGGACCAGCAGCACAAGAUCGGUAUUUCUGGCCGUGCCAACUUGGGUACCACCAUCCGCCGGCCGACCACUCUCCGGCCCCCUCCCUUGACGGUGGCUCCCACCUCGCGUCCCGAUUCCAUUGAACUUGUCGAAUACCACCCUACCUCUCAAACAGCUUCCGCAAGCGCAUCUGGCUCCGCUGCUCGCUCAGACCAAGUCCAAGGUAGUGCUAGGCGGGUAGACUCUACCGCCCCCUCACAACCGCUUGCGAAUUUUGGGUACUGUGUCGACGAAGCGCACGAGAAGAGAUCAGAGGACGACCAGUCUCGCCCUCGGGGCUCUCCUCUUAGAUUCUGGGCUGAGGCUCUUCAACGCCGUGCUCAUAUCGCCUCGCAAGGCAAGACAGAUUCUGGAAAAGAGCCCAAGAUGAAGUUCUCUCAUAGUGUGCAGUUUAAUGCUGUGCCCGAUUGGAGCGCGAAUUACAUUGCGUACAGCAAUUUGAAGAAAUUGAUCUAUACGCUUGAGAAACAGGUCAAUCGCAAUGAGGGCCAACCGACCACUGACGUUGAGUCGGCGCCGCUGUUGGGUGCUCAAACGAGUAAUCCCGAUGGUGUCUUUAAACGGGCUCUUGAUGCGGAGAUGGAUAAGAUCUGUUCCUUCUAUCAGACGAAAGAGGCGGAAAUCUUUAAACUCGCCGAUGAGCUCAUGAAAGACGCCGAUGUCUAUCUUUCCGAGACAGAUGGUGUCAAUAUGGACCCGGUCGCCGAGACCAUCAUCAAGGCAACCUCCCGCCGUGGAAAUGGUAAUGUCCCGGGCGCGCUUCGGCGGUCGAGUGCUGUUAGCAACGACUCGAUGGCGGAUGACGAAGAAGAACCUGGCUAUAGCGACGAUGACAGGUCCCCAUCAAUGGUUCCGCGGCGUCGGAGAUUGCUGCAGUCGACCGAUGGCGAGUCUGCCAUCGAUGACCAGCACACUGAUUUGGAAGACUCUUCCUACUUUGGACGGUUGAACUCCCGAGAACCGCACGAGUCUUACUUGAACGACGAGGAUUUCCUUGCCCUGUAUAAUACCGGCAUAUCACUGAAGAAGCGCCUGAUUGAAGGCUACGUCACGCUCUGCGAACUUCGAUCCUUCAUCGAGCUGAACAAGACUGGCUUUGCCAAGGCCUUGAAGAAAUAUGACAAGACUUUGGACCGUAGUAUGCGCCGAGACUAUCUGGCUUCUGUUGUCCACCCCGCAAGGCCUUUCGUCGAAAGCACCAUGGCGGCUGUUGAUAGACAUAUCGAGAAUGUGGAGGGUGUGUACGCGGGCAUCAUUACAAAGGGUAAUAGGCAGCUUGCCCGACGCGAGCUGCGUUUGCAUCUGCGUGAACAUGUUGUUUGGGAGCGAAACACUGUGUGGCGCGAGAUGAUCGAGAUCGAGCGCCGUGCGCAGGCCGCGAACGUUGGUAUUCGCCGAACUCUGCUGGGCGGCGAUGAGGAUCCGGCCACUGCCCGGCGCCAGGGUGAUAAGAGCGAGAUUCCCACCCAGGAGGUAUCGACGCCGUUUGGUAGGUUCAAGUUCCCAAUGUGGUUCUGCAGCUUGAGCUUUGGCACGCUGGUCUUUAGUAUCGCCGUCUUCGGUGCAAUGCUUUCCAUAAAAGUGAUGGAAACUCCCGAGGAACAGAACUGCUUGGCUAUGUUGGUCCUUGUCAGUAUUCUGUGGGCCACUGAGGCUAUUCCGCUGUUUGUGACUUCGCUCCUUAUUCCGUUCCUAGUUGUCACCCUAGGCAUCAUGCGGUCACCAGAGGAGCCUUACCACCGAAUGGGACCUAAAGAAUCGGUCGGGAUGGUGUUCUCAGCAAUGUGGACGCCUGUGAUCAUGCUUCUCCUCGGUGGCUUCACUAUCGCAGCGGCGCUGUCCAAGUACGAUAUCGCACGGCGCAUGGCUAUGUUCGUGCUAAGCAAAGCUGGAUCGAAGCCAUCCGUGGUGCUGCUGACCAACAUGUUUGUGAGCAUGUUCCUGAGUAUGUGGAUCAGUAAUGUUGCGUCGCCCGUGCUCUGCUACUCGAUCAUUCAGCCUCUGCUGCGCAACAUGCCUCCUGAGUCCGAUUUUGCCAAGGCACUCGUGCUGGGUAUCGCACUGGCGGCCAAUGUCGGGGGUGCGGCGUCUCCAAUUGCCUCCCCUCAGAACAUCAUUGCCCUCCAGAACAUGGACCCGAACGUCAGUUGGGGAACAUGGUUUUUCAUUGCGCUACCCGUCUGCAUCAUCUCCAUUCUCCUCAUCUGGGUCCUCUUGCUGGUGACAUUCCGCCCUGGCCGCAACGCAACCGUGAUUCCCAUCCGCCCAGUCAAGGACCAAUGGACCAGCAUGCAAUAUUUCAUCAGCUUCGUGACUCUCCUCACCAUCGUCCUCUGGUGCACCAGUCACCAGCUCGAGCACAUCUUCGGCGACAUGGGAGUUAUCGCCAUCAUCCCUCUCGUCCUCUUCUUCGGCACCGGUAUCCUCAACAAAGAGGAUUUCAACAAUUUCCUAUGGACGAUCAUCAUCCUCGCUGCGGGCGGCCUGUGUCUCGGCAAAGCUGUCACCUCAUCGGGCCUACUGCACACAAUUGCCUCGGGAAUCACCGAGCGCGUCGAGAAUCUCAGUCUGUACAGCGUGCUCUUGGUAUUCUCCGCUCUCAUCCUUGUCAUGGCGACGUUCAUCUCUCACACCGUCGCUGCUCUUAUCAUCCUGCCGCUCGUCCGUCAAAUCGGCGUCAACAUGGAGGACCCUCACCCCAACCUGUUGGUCAUGGCCAGCGCCCUGAUGUGCUCUGUUGCCAUGGCUUUGCCCACCAGUGGAUUCCCUAACAUGACUGCUAUCAUGACCGAGGUACCCCAGACAGGCCAGCGAUACCUCCAAGUCCGCCAUUUCCUCACUCGCGGCAUCCCAUCCAGUCUGAUGGCCUUUGUUGUCAUCGUCACACUCGGAUAUGGACUGAUGUACGUCGCGGGAUUGUAA